CAUUGUAAUGUUCGGAAUUACAAGUGACCACGUAGCAGCAGAUCGUUAUUUAUUUAACAGCUCCCGCUUUCUGACUUCACCUUUCCACACUUCCAUUUUCUGGUCCACGAUUCUUCGCCCACAAAAGUCUUCGCCUGAGCUCCCCCUCCUCUGCUUUUAACCCAGUCCCGGAAAUGGAAUUAGCGUUUAGCUGCUCAUCUCUCUCAGGUAAACAGAGUCUCUAACCCAACUCGCAUCUAUUUGCUCUGAAUUUCACCUUGAGUCGAAUUGGGUUUCCUUCGAUUUUGUGAAUUUCAUAACCAUGGAUCCACGUUUCUCUGAAUUUCCCAAUUUCAAUGAUCAAACCCUUUUGCCCGAUAUGUUGAAUGAGUACCCAAGUAGUGACCCUUUUGAAGAUCUCAGCUUUUCGGACCCAAACCCCAGUAACUCUGCUCUAUCAUCUAGCUUUAGCCCCGAGGGAGAUGAUGUUGAGUUUUCUGAUAGUGUGCUCAAGUACAUAAACCAGGUGCUUAUGGAGGAGGACAUGGAGUCAAAGCCAUGUAUGUUCCCUGAUCCUUUGGCUCUUCAAGCCACUGAGGAGUCUCUUUAUGAGGUUAUUGGGGGAGGGAAGUACCCAAUUUCCCAAGACCAAAACCCUCUUUGUGUUGAUCAAAAUGUUCAGAGCCCAGAUGGCGGUUAUUUUUCUGGAAGUUCCAGUGAUUCUAGCUCCAGUCCUGGUUCUUCCGUUGACUCUUGCCCGGUCACUGCUCAGUUUGUAGGGACUAGGAGCUCUAUAUUGCAAAACCCUAUUCCUGAAAACUUUGUUUUCCAGUCCCCUUCCAGGGCUAGGUCUCAAUCGUCGUCGGAUGGGUAUGGCAAUGGGAAUGGGAUGGUGGCUUCUUAUAGGAGUGAGCUAAUGGUUCCUGAUGUGCUUAGUAAGAAUGAAUUGUUAGUGCAGUUUAACCUAGGGGCAGAGGAGGGUAGUAAGUUUCUUCCUAGAGGUCAAUUGAUUAGUGCGGAGGGCAACAAGAUGUAUGCUGUGGUGAAUAAAAAGGCUGGAGAUGUGGUAGUAACAACGCAGAAGAAUGGGAGUGAGCAAUUUCAUGUUGGUUCAAGAGGAAAAAAGAAUCAUCAAAGGGAAGAUAUAGAUUUGGAGGAUGGGAGGAGUAACAAGCAACCAGCAGUUUUUAUGGACGAUGAGGAGGGUGAGCUGUCUGAUAUUUUUGACAAGGUGUUGCUCUGUAAGCCUUUGGAGAGUAAAGACGAUGAAGCCAGUCAGAAUGGAGCAAACAAUGGCCUGCAGCAGGAUGUGCAAUCUGUUGGAAUUGGUAAUGGGAAGGGUCGCGGCAAGAUUCACAGCAACAAGAAGGAAGUGAUAGAUUUGAGGGCUCUUCUGAUUUUAUGUGCACAAGCUGUUUCUGUUGAUGAUCGCGAGACUGCUAGUGAGCUACUAAAGCAGAUUAUGCAGCACUCUUCCCCAUUUGGUGAUUGUGCUCAGAGGUUGGCUCAUUGCUUUGCAAAUGCUCUUGAAGCGCGGUUAGCUGGCACUGGAACUCAAAUAUAUACUGCUUUAUGUGCUAAACGAAUGUCAGCUGCUGAUAUGCUGAAGUUUUAUCAAGCUUAUAUUGCAGCCUGCCCAUUCAUGAAGAUGUCCAUGAUCUUUGCAAACCAUAUGAUUUUAAAAGCAGCUGAGAAAGCAGAAACACUUCAUAUAAUAGAUUUUGGUAUCCUUUAUGGUUUUCAGUGGCCUGCUCUCAUUCAUUGCCUUUCAAGAAGACCUGGUGGACCUCCCAAAUUACGUAUUACAGGGGUAGAGCUCCCCUUAAGUGGUUUUCGACCAAAAGAAAGAGUCCAAGAGACAGGGCAUCGCUUGGCAAAGUAUUGUAAGCGAUUUAAUGUUCCUUUUGAGUACAUUGCCAUAGCCAAAAAAUGGGAAACUGUCCAAUUUGAUGACCUCAAAGUUCAAAGAAAUGAGGUGCUUGCUGUUAAUUGUCUCUGCCGAUUUAAGAACCUCCUUGAUGAGACCGUUGUGGUAAACAGUCCAAGGGAUACUGUUCUAAAUUUAAUUAGGAAGUUAAAUCCUGAUGUCUUUGUCCAAAGUGUUGUUAAUGGAUCCUAUCAUGCACCCUUCUUUGUUUCACGCUUCCGAGAGGCACUAUUCCACUUCUCUGCAUUGUUUGAUAUGUUUGAUAACAAUUUGCCUCGUGAAGAUCUGAUGAGAUUAGGGUUUGAGAAAGAGUUUAUUGGACGUGAAGUUGUGAAUAUAGUAGCUUGUGAGGGUUCAGAAAGAACUGUGAGGCCAGAAACAUAUAAGCAGUGGCAGGUUCGGAACAUGAGGGCUGGGUUCAGACAGCUGCCCUUGGACCGUGAAGUCAUGAACAAAAUAAAGGAUAAAGUAAAAACGGGGUACAGCCCUGAUUUUGUGGUUGAUGAGGAUGGCCGCUGGAUGCUGCAGGGAUGGAAGGGCAGAAUUAUGUUUUGUUCCGCCUGUUGGGCAUUGCCUAGGACUGAUCUCGUUUUGCCAAAAAAAGGUGAUAGAGAUGCCUCUGGAAUCUGGAUGAAGGCCAGAAGGACCACACAACAUGGACAUAUGCGUGUGAUUGAAGAUGAGAGACUGAUAAACGACAGGCAACUAGACAAGAAAGUCCUGAAGUUGUUUGUGAUUAUGGAUCCACCUCACACUGGACUCCCUGAUUUCAUGAACGACAUUGAUUUCGAGUCCAUGUUACCCAAUUCAUCUCAAUUCCCAGAAAUCCCAAAUCAGUACCAAUUUAACCAGCUCUCUCCAGACCUUGACUCUUUGAGCAAUCAGUUUUCAAUUCCACCGGAGCCGGUAUCCGGUAAUUUUGUUCCUCCAAUUAGUGUCAGCACAGAAGGAGAGUCACUUCUUCCGAACGGAGGCUCAUUUUCCCUUCCUACAACUGUGAGCCCCGGAGUAGAUUCUAAGUCCUCUGAUGAUCUUGACUUCUCUGAAACUGUUUUCAAGUAUGUAAACCAGAUGCUUAUGGAAGAGAACAUAGAGGAAAAGCCCCUCAUGCUCUAUGAUGAUCCAUUGGGCCUUCGUGGCACUGAGAAAUCGUUCUAUGAAGUUCUUGGUCAACAGUAUCCCUUCUCACCCAAUCAGCAACCACUUUAUGAUGAUCAACCCAAUCAGCAACCGCUUUAUGUUGAUCGAAAAGAUGAGAGCCCUGAUAGUUACUUUUCUGGUAACAGUAGUGAUUUCAAUACUGGCAGUAGUCCUAGUGCUGGCACUAGCAACUCCGUUGAUUCUCAAUCGCUUGGUGAUUAUGGAGAGCAGAAGCCAUCUUUAUCAGAAACCUCUCAUUCAAGGGACAGUGUUUACCAGUUUAAUUCUCAUUCCAAUUCCAAUUCGCGGUUGUCCGUUCCUCUGACAAAUAGCCUGUCUAGUUUUGGCGGUGGGAUGUCUGAAUCUUCUGUAAAUCAGUUUCUGGCUCAGAAUAUAUUUACAGAUAGUGAAUCUGUGUUGCAGUUUCAGAGAGGGUUAGAGCAAGCAAGUAAGUUCCUUCCCAAAGUUAAUCCAUUAGUGAUUAAUUUGGAAAGCAGCACAGUGUCUCCAGAAGUGAAAGGACAUGCUCCAACUGAUAUCGUAAACAAGGAAAAGAGUGAGAGGAAGAACCGACCUAGUAGGCGAAGGGGAAGGAGGAAAUCACCGAAUGGGUCAAGGGAAAGAAAGAACUCACCUGAUGGGUCAAGGGAAAGGAAGAACUCACCUGAUGGGUCAAGGGGGAGGAAGAAUCAUGAGCGAGAAGAUGUGGAUUCUGAAGAAGGGAGGAGUAGCAAGCAGUCCGCAAUUUAUAAGGGGGAGGAGGAUGAAUUAUCUGAGAUGUUUGACAAGGUCUUGCUUUUCGACGGGUCUAAUCUGUCUUCAUGUGGCUCUUGUGGUGACAAUGUAGAUGUGCAGAAUGAAGAAAGCAAAAACUUGCAGCCCAAUGGACAGCCACAAGCAUCAAAUGAUGAAGGUGGGACGGCUCGUGCGAAGAAACAAGGCAAGAAGAAGGAAACUGUGGAUUUAAGGAAUCUUCUGAUUCUGUGUGCACAAGCGGUGUCUACCAAUGAUUUUAGGACCUCCACAGAACUACUAAAGCAAAUUAGGCAGCAUUCUUCCCCUUUUGGUGAUGGAUCUCAAAGGUUGGCUCAUUUCUUUGCAAAUGGACUUGAGGCACGAAUGGCUGGUACUGGCACUGGAACCCAGUUUUAUUAUAUUUCCGUUGCUUCCAAACGGAAGGCUGUUGAUAAGUUGAAAUGUUACCAAGUUCAUCUUUCAGCUUGCCCUUUUAAGAGAAUGUCAAUGUUCUUUAAAAACAAGAUGAUUUUGAAGAUGGCUGAGAAAGCAACUACCCUCCAUAUUGUAGAUUUUGGUAUCCUGUAUGGUUUUCAGUGGCCAAUCCUUAUCCACAAGCUUUCAAUGAGACCUGGUGGGCCUCCCAAGCUACGAAUUACAGGGAUAGAGGUUCCCCAACCUGGAUUUCGUCCAGCAGAGUGGAUUGAAGAGACUGGACGCCGCUUGGCGAGAUAUUGCAAGCGCUUUAAUGUUCCUUUUGAGUUUAAUGCGAUAGCGUCGCAGAAUUGGGAAUCCAUCCAAGUAGAGCACCUCAAGGUUGAGAGGAAUGAGGUGCUUGCUGUGAAUUGUAUGUUACGGUUCACGAAUCUACUGGAUGAGACAGUUGAAGUGAACUGUCCAAGAGAUUCUGUUCUAAAGCUAAUCAGGAGGUUGAAACCAGAUAUUUUUGUUCAUACUAUUGUUAAUGGUGCCUACAAUGCCCCUUUCUUUGUCACUCGAUUUCGGGAGGCUCUCUUCCACUUCUCUGCCUUGUAUGAUGCAUUUGAUGUUAAUAUACCCCGUGACAGUCCAGAGAGGUUGGUGUUUGAAACAGAGUUCUAUGGCCAGGAGGCCAUGAAUGUGAUAGCAUGUGAGGGGAUACAGAGGGUUGAGAGGGCUGAGACAUACAAGCAAUGGCAGGUACGUUGUCAAAGGGCUGGUUUAAAGGUGUUGCCAUUGAACCAAGAGUUAGUGAAGGCGUUUAGGGAUAAGGUGAAGGCAUGGUACCACAAAGAUUUCGCAAUUGAUCAAGAUAGUGAUUGGAUGCUUCAAGCAUGGAAGGGCCGAAUUGUCUAUGCUUCUUCUUGUUGGGUGCCUGCAUAGGAUUCUUGCAAAGCAUUUUCUUCUUUUUGAAGUUUGAUCUUCUGUGAGAACUGAAGAUGAAAAGGCUGUCAUAACCAGUUCACAGGUCAAUUGUGGCAGUACUUUCUUCUUGCAGAAGAACGUUAAGGAGGAGAGAUGAUUUGCUUAGAUGGUUGCUGCAUCAUUUCUUUGGACUCAAAUAGAUGCGAUAUCGGAAGGCUUUUUUGGUCAUGAUAAAUGACAAUCGAGUUAUCGAUUCUUGUAUGAUGUAUAGUUGUCUAGACUCUAAAUGCAGUUGGUUGUAUGACUAUGGACAAUAACUGCUUAGAUAAGAAUAGACUUAAAGGCUGGAAUGCCCCUAAAUUUUCUCUCUGCACACUAGCUUUUUCAGAUCAAUUUACACAUUUUCGCUAACA